AUGUCAAUUCGACGUGCUUCUGAAGCGUUCGGAAUACCAAAAAGUACAUUAUGUGACCAUUUAAAUACAAAAACAAUUAUAAGAAAGCCUGGUGGACAAACCAUUUUAAGCACCGACGAGGAAAGUCGACUUGUAGAAGGGUUACUGAAAUGUUCUGAGUGGGGCUUCCCCAUGAAGUGCCGUGACAUUCAGUUAGUUGUUAAAUCGUAUUUAGACAGAUUGGGUAAAAGUUCAAAUAAUUGUAAUAAAUUCAAUAAUAAUUUGCCUGGAAAAGAUUGGGUUGAAUUAUUUUUGAAAAGAAAUAAAACUCUCACACUACGAUUUGAUAAUAUUUUCAAUUAUGACGAGACAAAUUUUGUCGAUGACCCAGGUAAAAAACUUGUUGUGGUAAGACGAGGUACCAAGCACCCAGAAGUUAUAAAAGAUACCUCCAAAACAAGUGUAUCAGUUAUGUUUUGUGUGUCGGCUGACGGAAAAAUGCUACCACCCUACACAGUUUAUAAGGCUAAACAUAUUUAUCCAACGUGGAUUGAAGGUGGUGUAGAAGGAGCAGGCUAUAAUCGGAACGAUAGUGGGUGGUUUGAUAUGCCCAUAUUUGAGGAUUGGUUUGUAACAUGUUUUUUACCGGCUUGUCGUAAUUUGGACGGACCUAAGGUUAUAAUUGGUGAUAAUUUAGCGAGUCAUUUAUCAUUAGAAGUAAUUCAACUUUGUGAAAAAAAUAACAUUCAUUUUGUAUUACUUCCCCCAAAUGCAACACACUUGUGUCAACCACUCGACGUCGCUGUUUUUAGACCGAUUAAAAGAUGUUGGCGAAAUACUUUAGAUACUUGGAAAGUCAAAAACUCAGGAACAAUACCUAAAUCCGAAUUUCCCAAACUACUUCGAAAUACUUUAGAAUCAUUAAGUGAAACUAUGCAAAACAAUAUUAAGUCAGGAUUUAGUGCAACAGGUAUCUACCCGUUCAAUAAGCAAAAAGUUUUAAAUAAAGUUCCGAGUCGAUCUGAAAAUAACGAUGAUGAUUUAUCGUCAAGGUCAUGGACUGAAAAAUUUGUUGAUAUUUUGUCCGAUGUGGUGCUGAAAAAGGGUGUAUUCCCAGUUCGCCGACACCCAAUUCGCCGACACCCAGUUCGCCGACACCCAAUUCGCCGACACCCAGUUUGCCGACACUCAAUAGUUACAGUUUAG